AUGAGGAUAACGAAUGAAUCACGACGUGAUUCACGCUACCAUUACCACGCUACCAACGGUGAACGUCCGAGUAGACCGAGACGAUUCAAAUUGGUUAUUCAAAAGAGCCUUCUCUCAGCGACUCCUAGGCUCGUCCUCUUCGCUUCCUUCCUAGCUGUUAAUGGAAUAGAGCCGAGGGUCUCGGACCCCCGACAGUCGCGGUGGAUAUACUUAUAA